GAAUCAUCACACUUAGGCUUAGCACUGAACGAAGCUGCAGGUGUGAAUUCGUCGAUGUGUGUGGCAUAACCGUUGCGCUUGCACGUGUUUUAAAAUCGUCGUCAAUUAUUCUUAUAGUAGUAUUAUGUUUUAAGGCACUUAUAUUAUUUCACUAUGGUGUUUAAAUGUUGUGUACCCCUAUGUAAAGGAAACUAUAAUGGUGGACCUCGUGUCCACGUAUUUUCCUUCCCAAGAGAUCCUGAAUUGAAGAAGAAAUGGAUUUAUUCAAUAAAACGAGACAAUUUCGAGCCAACUAAAAAUUCUAAGGUGUGUGAACUUCAUUUUAGCCCUUGUGAUAUUGAAAAGGAGACGUAUAUGUAUCUUGAAGAAACUGGUGAAACAUUAUCAGCUCCAUUAAAAAUCCCAAGACUAAGGAAAGAUGCAGUUCCAACAAAACUUCCUGGUGCCCCAUCAUAUUUAUCCACUGAUGUAUCCAUAAGAGAAAGUGUUAAAGAACGACAAACAAUCCGUGAAAACCGACAACUACAAAUGGCUAUCUCCAAAAGCAUUAUGUCAAAAAAAUCUGAGGAUUCAAAAUCAGUGUUUACAACAUUCAGUGAAUUACAGAACUGUUUAAAUUACAACAAUUUUUACUCAAAAAUUUACUGUUGUCAUGAAAUCAAAUACAAUUGUUAUUGGAAUUUUUGA